UUUUUUUAAUCAUGCUUUACAUAAAGCAUGCUACAUUUAUACAGUGUAAUUUUACGUAUAUUAUAUUUUCAUGGUAUUUAUAACAUCUAGGUAGAAGGUCAAAUUUGUGUACAUGUUCCGCCCCAGUGCUGUUUUCGGGUAUUUAUCGAGCUGCAGUUCUCACCUGUAUGAAACAGGUAUCUCGUAUAAACGAGGAGUGCGUUAUUGGCGCAGGUACGGGCGUAAAUCUUCCACGGUACCACCAACAAAUCUACCACGGUUCCACCAACGAAACUCCGUGUUAUUUUUAUAACGUGAUUCUAGGUUGUCUUGUUCAUAGAUUUGUGCGGGAAUUCAAGAAUGUCGUCUGCAAAAGAACCAGACAAGAAUGAGCUCCCCCCACCUCCCCCGUAUGAAGAAGUAUGCACAAUGCCAGGUCACCAGUCCCUCUCUCCACCACAGCUAUAUGAUUUGAACUCCUACGCCUCCCCUAGUGACGCUAUCAUAACUCCCCACACCUACCCACCACCUGCUUCCUUAAUGCACGGAUCUUGCCAGUCACCGCAAUCUUUCACGCACGGCUAUGAAUCCCAACUCCAUGCAUACACACCGCACGAUAUGCAAGUUUUGUCCCGGAACAGUAAUCGUCCUGUGGCUAUGAUGACAGCUCGCGUUCCUAUGGACGGACAGAGGAGAAGAAUAUACAUGAAGAUUUUUACUAUGGUAACAAUGAUCAUUAUCAUUGUUUUCGUCAUUGCAAUCACACAGUGGUUCCAUUAACCGUCAGCCUUUCAGUCACUGGUUUAAUGUUGUACUGUAUAUAAAUGACACAGUGGUUCCAUUAACCGUCAGCCUUUCAGUCACUGGUUUAAUGUUGUACUGUAUAUAAAUGACACAGUGGUUCCAUUAACCGUCAGCCUUUCAGUCACUGGUUUAAUGUUGUACUGUAUAUACAGCGAUUAGCUUCAUUCAUCAUGUCUAUGUACAACUUCGCAAAAAUUCCCAGUGGAGAUACUUCUUUGAGGGAUUGGGGUAUAAUACGCACGAUUGCAUACUUCAUGUACAUGUAAAAUUACCGAGCACAAAUACCUUAGUUUGAACUUGAUAAUGGGAGUCCAGCCAGCAGCUUUAAGAGCAACCUUCAACAGCAUUACAAUCCACACAUGCUUCUCUUCCAAGUCAUCUUACCAUUCCUGCCAGCUCUCUAUAUAAUCUGUGCACAUUACUCAAGAGUUUCUACUAGUAUGUGAUUUUGAUUCAGUACAUGAGAAAGGUGGUCCCAUUUAUCAAUCAUUAUUUUUUGAUAACCAUAUUGAUGUAAUACUUUUGAAUAUGUAUUAAAUUAUUUAAUGUUCACAAUUUUUAAUCGUCCUGUACCGAUGCAAUAAAACUUUGUUAAAAUAAAAUUAUAUGUAAAAGUU